AUGAGGUGCCUUGUGGUGCUCCUUGCAGUCUUUGCUCUCUCCAAGGUCAAUGCCAUCACCAGGGUUCCUCUGCACAAAGGGAAGUCGCUGAGGAGGACCCUGAAGGAGCACGGGCUCCUGGAGGACUUCCUGAGGAAUCACCAUUAUGGGGUCAGCUGGAAACACUCCAGCUCUGCGGUGGUGGCCAGCGAGUCUCUGACCAACUACCUGGAUGUCUCUAACAUUGUGGACUCCCACCAGACUGUGGGCCUGAGCACCCAGGAACCCGGCGACAUCUUCACCUACUCUGAGUUUGACGGGAUCCUGGGGCUGGCCUGUCCCUCUCUUGCCUCUGAGUAGUCAGUGCCCAUGUUUGACAACAUGAUGCAGAGGCACCUGGUGGCCCAAGACCUGUUCUCAGUCUACAUGAGCAGGAAUGACCAGGGGAGCCUGCUCACGCUGGGGGCCAUUGACCCGUCCUACUACACAGGCUCCCUGCACUGGAUACCCGUGCCUGUGCAAGAAUACUGGCAGUUCACUGCGGACAGUGUCACCAUCGAUGGUGUGGUGGUGGCCUGUGACGGUGGCUGUCAGGCCAUCCUGGACACCGGCAUCUUCCUGCUGGUGGGGCCGGGCAGUGACCUCCUCAACAUCCAGCAGGCCAUUGGAGCCACCGCGGGCCAGUACGAUGAGUUUGACAUCGACUGCAGGCGCCUGAGCAGCAUGUCCACCGUUGUCUUCGAGAUCCACGGCAAGAAGUACCCCCUGCCACCCUCCGCCUACACCAGCCAGGACCAGGGCUUCUGAACCAAUGGUUUCCAGGGUGACUAUAGUUCCCAGCAGUGGAUCCUGGGGGAUAUCUUCAUCCGGGAGUAUUACAGCAUCUUUGACAGGGCCAAUAACCGUGUGGGGCUGGCCAAGGCUGUCUGA